CAGAAUGCAGCGCGCUGGCGGGAGGUUUGGAACUUUGGGACGCUGAGCCUGCGUGGGUCUUGGUGAACGUGCCUAAGUUAAGGAUUAAAAGCAUCAACUGGAAUCAAUUUGCAUUGAAAAAUUGGAUCAGCACAAAGACUUGAUAUUGUGGAAUGCCUAGUAAACAAGCCAUGUCAUCUAAAGAACAAGAGAGGCUCUUGUGUUACAAUGGAGAAGUCCUUGUUUUUCAGUUGUCUCAAGGAAAUCUUGCAGAUAAAGGGCCUGCAAAAAUAUUCAUAUUGCAUGUCAAAAGAAUGGUGUUUGAUAGAGAAACAAGAACAUUUGUUCUGAAGUCCACUGGGUUCUUUAGCAUGAGGAAAGAAUAUUCUCAUUUAAAAAUUAUAUGUUGCAAUUGUGUGUCAGAUUUCAGAACUGGAAUUAACCUCCCUUACAUUUUGAUACAAAGCAAUAAAAAUAACAUUUUCAAAUAUUUUCUACUGUGUCUUCACAGUAACAAUAAAUUUGAAAAGCAUUUGACUUUUAAACUAGCCCAUGAGUUGAAGGAGAGCAUAAGGGUUCUUAAUGGCCCUUUAGUUUUAUGGCAAUAUGUCAACACAUUGUACUGUAUCUCUUCCCACACUCGCAAAGUUAUGAGUGUGUUGGUUAACUUUUCCUCUAUUGAGUGGGCAGGCGAGAUUGAAAAUCUAGGUAUAGUGUUAUUGGGACUAACAGAAUGUGAUUCGUCUGAGAAAGAAUGCAACCAAAAGCCUUCAGAAUCAGAUUUUGAAAUUCAGAAUACCAAAUUUUGUGUAUAUUCUCUUGAAAGUCAAGAAGUAUUAAGUGAUACUUAUAUUAUUCCUCCUGCUUAUAGCAGUGUGGUAACUUGUGUGCAUGUCUGUGAAACUGAGAUUGUCAACAACCAGUUCAGAAUAUCUCUGAUUGCCCUAACUCGAAAAAAUCAGCUGAUUUCAUUCCAAAAUGGAACUCCUAAACGUUUGUGUCAGCUUCCAUUUGGAGAUCCUUGUGCUGUUCAACUUCUAAAUUCGGGUGAAGGGAACCUCUUUUUCAUUGUAUCAUUUAGGUCCAAUGAUGCUUGUGCUGUUUGGAAAAAGAACUUUCAGAUUGCUGCUAAGUGGGAAAAACUUACCUCUGUACUGAUAGAUGACUUUAUUGGAACUGGAACUGAACAAGUACUUCUCCUUUUUAAGGACUCCUUGAACUCAUUUAAAAUAACAAAUCUUGACAAAAUAAAUUAUUCAAGUGAUCCAUUGACUCGUAAUGAAGAUGAUUUAUUUGAAGAUGAACCAGAACAUUGUUAUUUGGUAAUUCCAGCACUGGAAAAAAGAUUAAAAGUUGGUUUGGCUUCUGUUCAGGAAUUACAGCAGCAUCUAUUGCUUAAGGAGAAAAUUAUUUCAAAAUCUUGGAAAGCUUUAAUAAAUAUGGUUCAAGGGAAAGAUGAUAGUACAUCAAGUGCAGAAGAGGGAUAUCUUGUUCCUUUUUGUGGUAAAGAAGAAAACUGUGUUCAUGCCUUUGAUGAAAAGCUACCAGACAAUUUUCAAGAUUCAGAACAGCUAGUAGAGAAGAUAUGGUAUCGUGUCAUGGAUGAUAGCUUAGUUGUUGGAGUGAAAAUGUCAUCUUUGAAGCUGUCCCUCAAUGAAGUGACUUUAUCACUGAUAAUGGAGCAAGCCUACAGCUCCAGCUUUCGGCUUAUUAAGUGUGAAAAUAGAGUGAUUAAAUUGAGUAAAGAUUCUUUCCCAGCACCACACUUGAUGCCACAUGAAAUAGGAUCAGAAGCCAAAAAGAUCAAGUUGACCUCUGAUAGUAAGGAAGAAGGAAGAUUUGCUUGUGAACAACCAUAUAUGAAAACAUAUGUACAGAUAAUUACUGCUAUAACGUCUCUUUCACCACUUUUAGCAUUCAAUAAAUUUUGUUGCGUUGUGCUGCUACACAUUAGGGAGAAAGAAAAUGGUAGCUGUCCUAAAGAUCGUUAUAUUCCAUGUGGCAGACUUUUUUUAAGUCUAGAAGAUCUUUCAAGUGGGAAAUACUUAAUGACAUUUCCAAAGAAGAAACCGAUAGAGGACAUGGAAGAUCUUUUUGCACUUCUUACAACAUUGCACAAAUCUUGUUUUCAAGUCAUAUCACCUGGCUAUUCCGUGAAUUCAAUGAAGAUGUGGCUCUUAGAACACAUGAAAUGUGAAGUAAUCAAAGAAUUUCCAGAAAUGUGCUUUUGUAAAAGGCCAAGAAAUUUCUAUGGGACACUCUUCAACUGGAAACAAAGAACCCCAUUUGAAGGCACUUUAACAGUCUAUUCCAGGAAUCAAACAGUUUUGUUCCAGUGCCUUCGUAAUCUCAUCAGAGUUCUCCCUAUGAAUUGUUCCUUCAAAAAUUUAAAAUUAGGAAAUGAGGAUUUCCUAAUUGAUCGUUUGGCAUUGACUUUGGAGAAGGAACUGGUUACCCUUGGUUCUCUUUCUUCUUCUGCUUUAGCUAAGGUUGAAAGCAACUUUGUACAGAUGGGUGAAGCAAACACAGGAAAGAGUAGUGUCAUGACUGCUUCAUCAGACAAGAAGGAAAAUAUCCAUUUGUACAGAGAAGAAGUUCAGCGAGAAAAGAAGAAAAUGUUGGAAAGGAACCUAAAAGUGAGUGGUGUCCUUUAUAGAGAGAUGACUUUAAAAUUAGUUGAGAUUCAGUUGCAAUCAGACCUCAGUGCAGAGAAACUGACCAGUUUACAAUCACAAUUUCAGCGUGAUCAUAUUUGAAAUUGUGUUUUCUCUCCCAUCAAUUUUCAUUCUGCUUUGUAUGCCCCCUUUGUAAAAAUAUUGAGGCUCAUUGCAGUUCUUUUAGUUUUGAUGAUGCAUAAAAUAGUAUUCCUUGUGGAGUAGCAGUUUUCAAGUGGGGCUGUUUUACUUUCCUUUGUUCUCACCUUCCAUUGCAAGUAACAUUUAACUGUGUCUGGAAGCGUGUUUUUCUGGUUGUCAGAAGUUCUGGGGUAGCAUAUUAUGUGGACAAUCAUAAAAUCAAGACAAGAAACUAAUACUGGGGUAUUGUGGCUGGAUAAUUCUUUGUAUUGGGGAGCUGUCCUGUGCAUAUAGUAGGAGUUUUAGCACCAUCCUUAACCUCCUUUACCUUCUAGGGAUAUGUAGGGGUACUGUGGGCAUCUAGUGGGUAGCAUCCCACAACAAAUAAUUAUCCAGCCCAAAAUGUCAAUGAUGCAGAGGUUGAGAAAUCCUAUAUUAUAUUCACCACUGAAGUGAAGACAGAAAUGCUAUAAUAGAAUUUUGAUCUAAAUCUUUAAAAAAUUAUUUGCUACUAUUCUGCUUAGUAAAACCUAGUGUGUAAAAAACAACUUCAAAUGAAUAUAUUAAGCAAGACUGAGGAUUCACAAGUUCCUAUAAAUAUUAAGCUUCUGUAGGAAGUCAAAUGGCAGAGUGUCUGAGUGAGACUAGUUUUUGAAACACUGUUUAAUUUAAAUUUUAUUAGAGACCUGCUCUGAAAUUGUGUGAGUCUAUAGGAAUGUAAAAAUUUUAGGGCAUUUUUUCUAAAAAGCACAUCCCUUUCAAAAGGCUAAGUAUACCUCACAGGCCACUAUUAAAAAUAAAAUUGAAAAUGCUUUUAAGCCAUCUGAAAUUCCAACUCUAGGCAAAGGUAAAAUAUAAAGUUGUAACUAAAAUAAUUUAAAGAAUAUGGUGCUCCUUAGGGACAGAGAAAUUUUAAAAAUAAGUGAAACUUGACUUCAAUAAAGAAGUGAUUUAUAAGGGAUCCGGUGAGAGACAUUUCAAAGGGAUAAAAAUUGAACCUCCUCUUUUCUUUUUUUGAAAAAUAAGAAUUCUUGACUAAUAACAGUGUCAAGAGAAGGAAAAAGACACCAAAAGGUAUGAGCAGAAAGAAAUGUUCCUGAUCUUUUUUACUCUAAAAUCCUUAAGUGAGAUGCCAGUUUCCAUCUCAGUUGAAAGAAAUGAAGAUGAUUAUAGGAAGUAGCAUCUCAUGCUUUCAGCUAUGAAGUGCUAAUUCCCCCCAUGCCGUAGAAGUGCUUGUACCUAAUGAUCUGGUGAUACAAACUACAAACGUUUUUUAGAAAAUAUAGGUGAUUAGUUUCUUGUCUUAGUUUUUGUGAUUGUCCAUAUAAUAUACUACCUCUUUUUGGCAAUCCAUUGGAAAUUGAGAUAGAACUCUACAGCCCUAUUUCUAUGAAAUGCCAAUGAGAAAUAUUUUAGAUAUUCUGCAAAUGGAAAUGGAAUAAAUUCAGGAUUAAUUGUAAAAAUCUGGAAACAGUAUUUGUUGUGUGUUAUCUUUUGAAACUGACCAGGACAGGUUCUGAAAGAACAACCAAGUAUAAAAUAUAGUAACUGAUUGUAAAAUGGAGGUUGUCAAAAGACUAACAGGAUUUAAUUGUUUUAGUUUAUCUGUAGGGAAAGUUCUGAUACUAAAAAAUAGCAUGUUACUUAUUUUUUAUUUAUAAAUACAAUCAAUAUUAUAUGUGUGUGUAUGUAUUCCAAAUACCUUUUUUACAAGUGAGUUUUGUACUCUAGUAUACUUUCCUACUAACUACAAACUAGAGAAGCCUAAGUUUGAGGACUCAACACUCUGGCAUUUUCACGAUUCAGCUGUGUUUGCAUCCGCAAACAAAUUCCAUUGACGCUACCCUGGUUACAAAUCUGAGGUUACUUUCAAAAACAUAAUCGUCCCAAAUUCAUGGUUCUAAAUUCAAACCAAGUUUUGUUUAGGAAUGUAGCUCUCCAUAGUUUUCAGAAAAAUAACCAUCUAUUGACUCCUGAUCCCAUUAAUUAAGAAAUAUGUUCAAGCUAGUGUGUAGUCAGUUCAUUAACCAGGCGUAGUAAAAAGGCAAGAAAUGUAACACUUAUUGACUAUCAGCUCUAUGUCAAAGGGUAAUCUUGAAACUUACCCACAUGCUAGCACACGUGCAUGUACACACACGCACAUUCAUAUGUGAUUUAAACAUACAUAUAUGGUUAAUUCUUCACAGCAACCUAUGAUGUAUAGUUAUUAGUGUCCUCAACAUGGAAAAAAUGUUAAACCAAAUUAAGGAGAUGCCUAAAACCACCUUGAUCCUGUGUCCUUGUUGCAAAUAAGUUCCAAAACAGCAGAUAAUUUAGGAACUUUAAUAUACCAGUGAAUCUUAUAUUGUUGUAAUAACAUCUCUUUAUACCAUUUAGAAUUUACCAAGUUUCCCCCCAGUGUCAGAAAAGAAAAGAUGUAGUUUACAUCUCUAUCUGCUUUCUCCAAUAAAAUAAAGAAUUGAACUGUCUAGGCUAGAAGCCUGUGCAGAGCUUUCCUUCCUUCUUUCCUCCCUCUUUCCUUCCCUUUUUACUUCUCUCCCUCCCUUCCACCUGGAUAGUACUAGAUAUUGAGAAGAAUCCUUUUUUAUUUUGCAAAAACAUUACUUUCUGUGCUCAGAAUUUUAAGAGUGUGAGCUCCUUCUUGGAUAACCCUAUCUUGCAGAACUUUAGGCUUUUACUUCUAAACACAGCUUGGUUCAAUGGAAAGAAUGUUGACACAUAAACAGUAUACUUAAUUGACUUCUUUAGGGAUUUGUUCUGUUUUCUAUUUCUGAGUUGUCUAUACUGCUCAAAUGGCUUACUGCCUCAACAAAAUAGUGCUGUCCUAAAAAGUCCUGAUGUUAUGCAUUCUUGCAGUGCUGAGUCUGGUCACUUUCCAAGCCCUUAUUUCAGUAAUCGUGUCAAUUUGACUUUUUAUUCAGUAGGAUGCCAAGUCCUGUUUGGAAGCUGAACUUUCAUAAAGGCAGUAAAUUAGAUAACCAGAGUGCUCUUCUUAUUAGGUUUUUUUCUUUGCUCUACUUAUGAGCAGCUUGUUGGACAAAGUACCUGUGUAUGUAAUUGUAGGUCAACAUCAUGGCUCUGGGUUCAGCCAGGGGGUUUACCAUCCUUAACUUCACUUUUAAUUAUCUAUUUCCCCACAGUGGCAACCAGUUAUGCCAAAGUAUAAGUGGUGUUAUGGCCAGUAAAGCAUACCAUUAAUAAUUAGUCAAAAUAUUUAGCUAGAUGCCACUUAGUCAGGAGUUAAAAGUAUACCAUGCUCUAUUGAUUGCUCCUUGCACAUCUUUUUUCCUCCUUUUUUUCAUACCAGAACUCUCAUUUUGUUCACAAAACUUUCUUUCUCACUGUUUGGGGAGGUGGACCCCAUUUCCAGUUCAGAGGUUAGUUUUCACUAUUCUAAGCCUGUCGAUAUAAUACCUUUCCUUGGCAGCCAUUACUGAUUUGGCACAAGACCACCCCAUUGGACCUAGUCAGAUUGGGGGGAAGGACUUUGUUGAGGAAGAGACACUUGCUAGAAGUAGUUCUAAUUUUAAAAGAGUUAUGUUAGAGUCACAAGGACAUUAGAAUGAAUUUGACACUGGAUCUCAACAUUUUUGUAGUUGCACCCCUGAAUCAAACAUAAAUUUGACUUUUUCCCUGGAUUGCUGAUGGAUUCAGAAAAAAAAAUCUUUAUGAUAGAAAUCAGGGUUUCUGCUACUUCUAGCUAAAAUUGUUUGAAACUGCUAGAAAUGGGGAAAAGAAUCUUAGAGAAUAAAACCCAUGGAGCACAGAAUGUGGUUACAUUUAAAAAACAGCAAUAAAGAACCAUCUACCCUCUACCCCAUGCCUACCCUGAUUUCUGGGUAGUGACUUACUCCCCCUCUCUAUGUUUAUAGUUCAAAUUACUACAUUCUUGAUAGCAAUAUAUAAUUGAAAUAAAAGUUUUAAUUUUUAAAGUUUAUCUUACUUUUUUCUAUUCCUUAGCUUCCCUUUAGUAUUAGAUGAUUUCAAUUGUUUUCUUAAGCCUUCCUUAUUGGGAUAGAGGCACAUGUCAGAUUCUUUAACCUAUUUCUCUAUUUCCUAUUUUAAGAUACAAAAUUGUAAAUGUAAGGACCAUUUCUGUCCAGUUUAUUUCUUAGAUACCUCAAGAAUUCAUAAUUUAAAUUCUCAUUUCUUCUGACAACUCUUCUCUUAUUCUUAGCUACAUCCUCUUCAGUAAAAAGAGGAAGAAAUCUUUAUCAAAUGUUAUUUUUCUGGGAGUCUUUGCUAGAAAAACUGAUUUGAUGUCAUGGGACUGUUUGGGAAAUAGAGUAGUAUUGCUGUAUCAAAAGAGAUACAGCAUUAUUAAUUUAGACCUUAUAGCCUUUUCAAAGAUAACAGAUACAUACUAUGGAGUGAAAGAUAACCCUUUCCGAUUCCUUUCUAACCUCAUCAUAAAAACCAGGUGAUGGUAAUUUUUACCGUGACUUCAUGAGCCUGAUGAGAUAUUUUAAGGCUUAGAAUGGCUGAGUAAUUUGUCAACUGCAAUAAUAAAAUCCUCUUUGAUUUAUCCAAACAGAAAAUUAAUAUACUCCCAACACUUAAAAGAUUCUGAUAAAAAUAAUAAAAACAUUGGCAUGUAUUUUCAGAGGAUAGAAUCUGAAAGAAGUCAAGAUCAAAUGUGUUAUAGUUGCCAAAAUCUUCAGAAAAAUAAAACUUAAAUAUGUGGUACAUGCGUUGGUCCUAGGAAGGGCAGGUGGGGCUUAGUGUGCUGGCUAGUCUGGUGUUUCCUGAAGCAGUGCUAACUGAAAGGGGAAAGAAUUAUAUAGGAAAUAUAAAUAGUAGGAAAAGGAAUUAUCUACAACAUUUAAGAAAAUAGUUGAAUAAAACUGUAACCUGCACUUCAUACCAAUUUUCUACAAUGGGGUGUGUUGUGUGAUAUAUGUAUGUGUAUACACACUAUGGUAUUCUGCUUAUAAAAUCAGUUUUUAAUAAAACACUGUCAUAUCCUGACAGUCUUAUUGUAACACUUAUUUUAUAUAUAUAUAUAUUUACACACACACACACAUACACACAUACACACACACAUAUAUAUAGUGAACAUAUAUUUUCUAAAUGUUUUGCCUACAUGAUCCUAAUAGCCCUUUAAAACUGUGCUUUUCUGGGUAGUAGUCUUUACUCAUUUGUGGCUAUUCAAAUUUACAUUUUAAUUAGUUAACAUAGAAUAAAAUUUAGUUCCUUACUUGCUCUGACCACAUUUAAAGUGCUCAGUAGCCACAUGUGACUAGUAUUUGGUCAGGCAGAGAACAUUUCCAUAGUCAUAGGAAGUUCUACUAGUCAGUGCUACUCUAAGAUGUCUAUUAUUAACUAACUUUUGUUUCCUAAUAAAGAAACUGAGACCCAGACAGGUUAAAUAAUGUGCCUAAGAUCACAUAGCUAGAAAGGGAACUACCAAGAUUUAAAUCCUCCAGUCUAGUUUUAGUACCUCUGCUCUUUCACCACUAUGCUAUUCUGCUUAUAAAAUCAGUUUUUAAUAAAACACUGUCAUAUCCUGACAGUCUUAUUGUAACACUUACUAUUUUAAAAAUGGGGUGCAAGAAAUACAUAAUUUGCUAAAAGUAUAAAUCUAUUUAUAAAAUUGAAAUAUCAGGGAAAAUGUGAAUGUGACAGUUCAUCCUAAAUCCUGUAAUGGUCACAUUCUUAAGAGUUAAGUGAUGCCUCAGCUGAAUCUGCUUUCUUACAUACUCGCCUACACCUAUAUGUAAACACCAAAUACCUAUGCAUUAGUCCCUGUUUCCUUCCUGUUGUCUUUGUUAGAACUGUCACUUUCCAGCAUUAUUGCAUUACCAUUCCUGGUUCAUAUUUCAGGAUUUCUUGAGUGAAAGUGUUACUUCUCUAAAUAAUCUUUAAGUAGCUUCUCCUUGAGAAAUACAUACGUCUUGUGAGUUGCCACGAUAUUCAUUGUUGACUGGUCAUGACUACAAUAGAGGACUUGGAAUUCUAGAAAAAAUUGUGAACUGUCUAGCUUAGGAAAGUUACAUCUUUAUUCUGUAUGAGUACUGUGUUACUUGAGAAGAAAAUGAAGUUGAAUUCUGUGUUCUGUUUUCACCCUUUGCUUGCUCUAAUCUUUCCAGGUGAUCUUCCCAUAGAAAAUAUUUUACCUAUUUGAAAAUAUGAAAUGUAAGAAGAUGAAGGGAUCUGUCAUUCAUUCAUUCAUAUAUUUUUAGGUUUCAUUGAAUCAGUGUUGUGUAUAUCUAGGACCUGGAGAUACAAAUAUAAAUAAGCUUCUUGGAUCUUAAAAAGCUCAGUUUUAAUGGGAGAGACAGUGGCACAGAGAUAUAUGCUAUACUGAGGUAUUCGAUAUAUGUAUUCCUGAGGUUCCAGGGAACACCUUUAAAUGAACUAUGCCCAGUAGAAAUACUGUCUUAGUGAGAGGAUUCCUUGGGGAUCUGAUAAAAUCUGAGGCUAUUCAUGUUGGAAGUGGUUUUGAGUUUAAAAUGGUGGUAUAAUGAUGUUUUACCUCAUGAUUCAGAGAGAAUGCUAGAAAAAAAUGUAGGCACAUAGAAAAGUUCAAACCAAAGCACUUUGAACAGCAUAAAGGAGUCUAAUACAGAUUAUACUUUUGAAAUCUUUCUUUUUCUAUUUUCUUUCUUUUUUUGUGCUGGCAACUGAAGGCCUUCAGGCUUGUUGAACACCCAUUCUAUCACUGAGUUGCACCUGCACUCCACAUUUGAAAUAUUUCUUGAUUGAAAAAUUAGUUUUAUUGUAUCA